AUGAUCAAUGGCGAGAAGAAGGUGAUGAUUGGAUCGAAUAAUUAUCUCGGGUUGACACAUCACCCGAAAGUCCUUGAAGCUGCCGAGAUGGCUGGGCGAAAAUACGGCUCUGGUUGUACGGGCAGCCGAUUUCUGAACGGCACCCUUGAUAUCCAUAUCGCGCUUGAAGAAGCACUCGCCGAAUUUGUUCACAAGGAAGCUGCAUUGGUUUUUAGCACCGGAUUUCAAGUCAAUCUCGGUGUUAUUGAUACCCUUGUGGGGCGCAGGAACAUCGCUUUCAUUGAUUCGUUGAGCCAUGCGUGUGUCGUUGAUGGGUGCCGCCUCUCUUGGGGCGAGAUGACGAGGUUCCGACACAACGACUUGGACGAUCUGGAUAGCAAAUUGGAAAGUGCCCCUCCUGAGAGAGGGAAACUGAUUGUCGUUGAAGGCAUUUACAGCAUGGAAGGCGAUAUCGGCGAUCUUCCCGGCAUCAUCGAAGUGGCUCGGAAACAUCAGUGCCGUUUGAUGGUUGACGAUGCGCACGGUGUUGGUGUCCUCGGUCCAACCGGUGCCGGUGCCGCUGAACACUUUGGUGUCGAAAAUGACGUUGAUUUAAUUAUGGGAACGUUUAGCAAAUCUUUCGCGUGUAUCGGUGGAUUCAUCGCUGCAGAAGCCGCCGUCAUUGAUUACUUGAAACACCAUGCAAACACCUUCCUUUUCAGCGCAAGUAUGCCUCCAUCAGCGGUCGCAACGGUUCAUGCCGCUCUGGAAAUCAUCAAGGCUGAACCGGAACGACGCAAACGGCUAUGGGAAAAUGCACGAAAAAUGCAGGAAGGUCUCCGAUUGAUGGGAUAUGACAUCGGAGAUACACAACCCCGUUGUUCCGGUGAUUGUUGGCGAUGA